AUGAAGAACACGCUGGCUGCGCCGCUAUCCUCUACCACGAACACGACACCUCCACCCGCAAGCGCUGGCAGCAACAAUGGGAAUAACGCGCCGAACGUGAACGAGCAGCGGCGCCCGUCAAUGAACACACAAUCCAGCAAUUCCUCGAAGCAGUCCAACACAGAACGCCCAAAUCUCUUGUUAUCUACCAAAUCAUUCACCCCGGCCCCUCCUGCGGUGUCGCUCGGUGUCGCAGAGGUCCCCCUGUCCACGCUCGAGUACGAACGUUCGCCAUCGCGCGUCGCCAAUUUCUACUCGACACCCUUUCACGAAUCGCCCGAGAGCGGCAUCUUUGGCACAUCUAUCCCAGGCUUUCCCAUCCAAGACGAUGCGCGUAGCAUCAAGACGUCGAAUAGCCUACAUCGCACGGGCUCUGUCUCCAAGGUCAUCCGUCGAAUACGCGGCGAAGGUCUUUCGAAAGACUACUGGAUGGACGACGAGAACUGCAAGGAGUGCUACGAUUGCAAGAGCGUGUUCACCGCUUGGCGAAGGAAGCAUCACUGCAGGAUAUGUGGCCAGAUAUUCUGCUCGCGUUGCGCGUCCAACAUCAUCAAGGGCUCGCGCUUCGGCCAUAACGGCAUGGUGCGCGUGUGCAACCUCUGCGUGGAGAAGCUGGCGAAGGUGGACGACGAUGACGACGACGACCGGCGAUCCGUGGUCUCCUCCAUGGCCAACUUUCCUGCACACCAGUUCGGCGACCCCAACAUGACGUUUAGUCAGCACCCUCAAUCCCCCUUUGCUGCAUCACAGUUAUUCGGACGGGAUGAGCCCUUCAACCUGUACUCCAUUGCAGAAACUAGGCGACCCAUAUCCGGAUCUGAUGACAGCGGCUUCAAUUCACGACCAUAUACGCCGGAAGACAUGCACGUGAACUUCACAUGGGAACCUCUCCGCGAUAGCAAUCCAGCGCCCUUCAGACGCGACGUGACCGAUGAGGAUAACGUCGAGAUUGAGGUUGAGGAAGGGAGCGGCAGCGUCUCACCCGCGGAGGGCGUCGACAGGGAGAAGGUCGCCUUCCCGACGGCCGAUGAUGGAAAGCUGAGCUCCAUCCAGUUUCCUGUAGGCUCGCCGGAUCGCCUCGAUAGCCCGCUACCGAAAAGCAGGGUGCGUUCGCGUAUGAACUCGGAGAAUGACGUCGCGACGCCGUUCAUUCGGAGUAGGGUACAGAGUCGCUUAGACAACCUCAUCAUGGCCGAGCCAGGGUGGAGGACGCGGAGGGAGAGCACGGCAUAUGCUCACGAGCUCAAUCUGACCUCAAUGAUGCACCUGAAGGUCAUGCUGCGCCAGAUGUUGACCAUCGAGCAAAUACCGAAUGUGCGCGAGUGGGAGGAGGUCCUGCUCAAGCUCGCUCUCCGCAUCGCCCGCGAGCUUACGUUCACAACGCUGCCUCAUCGUCAAGGCGAGGACAUGGACGUCCGGCGCUACGUCAAGAUCAAGAAGAUCCCCGGCGGCGCGCCCAAGGACUCAGAAUACGUCGACGGCGCGGUCAUCACCAAGAACGUCGCGCACAAGGCGAUGUCACGCUCGCAGCGGAACCCGCGUGUCAUGCUCGUUACGUUCCCGCUCGAGUUCUCGCGCGUCGAGGGCCAGUACUUGCACUUCGGCCAGAUUGUACGGCAGGAGAAGGAGUACUUGACCAACUUGGCGAGCCGGAUCGCGGCACUGCGCCCCCACGUCGUUCUUGUUGAGAAGUCGGUGUCACGGAUCGCGCUGGACGCGCUGGCUGCGCACAACAUCGCCGUCGCGCGCGCGGUGAAGCCCUCGGCGAUUCAGAUGGUCGCUCGCAUGACCCAGGGCGACGUCUUCUCGUCCAUCGACAAGCUGGCCCUCGAGCCCCGCCUCGGGCAUUGUGCGCGCUACCGCAGCCAGACGUUCGACCACCCCCUCAUUCCUGGCCGCCGGAAGACGUACAUGCGCUUCGAGGGCUGCCAUCGGGAUAUGGGAUGCACCCUCGUCCUGCGCGGCGCGGACAAUGACACGUUGUGCAGGGUCAAGAAGGUCACCCGCUUCUUGACGUUCAUCGUGCGCAAUCUCAAGCUCGAGACGCAUCUGUGGAAGGACUCGGUCAUCACGAUGCCGUCGCUGAAUCCCGAGGCCGUACCUACCGCGUAUUCGCGGAGUCAGGCGCCGCCUAACAUCGCCGCUAUGCUGGCGACUGCGACACAUACGGGGACUACACCCUCUCGGACUGCCCCUCUUGUCGACCUACAGUCCACGGCGGUGACCUCGCCUGGCGGGUCGGGCGGGGACGAAGAUCUCCCUGACGAGGACGCGGAGGAACUGAGGCUAUCCCGCCGCAUUGACCAGUCCUUGGAACCCUAUCGCAAGACCUUCAUCUCCGUCUCGGCCACACUACGCUUCCCGCCGCCGUACCCCAUCCGCAAGAUGAAGGAGCUGAACACGAAGACGCUCGAGGCGAAGCGCGCUUGGGAAGAUGAAGUCAUCCGGAGAGAAGAGAUUGUGCAGUCUGCGCACCAGCACGAGAUCACCAUCACAGCGGACACCGCAGAGAUGACUGCGAGCCCGCCGGCGAUUCAGGAGGUGCAUGAGCAUGAUGCGAGCGACCUCAAUGCGCAGAUUGAGGCCCUUCCCUCGCCGAACCUGGCACAUACGCCGCGUCCGGAUGAUACGCCGUACUCGCCGCCACAUAGCGCGGACAGCGGAGGAUACUUUGGUCCCGGGCCUAAUAGUGCCUCCACCUCAACCCUGUCGACGUCUACGAACAACAGGUCGACCAUCACGGGUGGUAUUAUCGCAGAGCCGAUGGAGCCUAUGAAGACUGAGGCGGAUAUCGCACCCGAGAGCAGGUACAGCUACCUGAAGUGGCAGCAUGAGGAAGCCCGGCGCGUCUGGGAGUGGUACUUGCGCAAGAACGCCGACGACUUCGUCGUUGAGAAGUACCAGUGCAUCAGCAUGCUGGAGUACACGGUGCCAAUGGCCGACGUGAACGACCGGCCUUGCACGCCGCCGCAGUUCAAGUACAUCACCUUCUACGGCGAGAACGACUGCACGCUCGGGCAAUUCAUCGACAAAGAGGUCCAAGAGACGGUGGUGAAGUUUCUUGACCCGAAGGCCGUCUGCGCGGGAAAGGGCUGCGAUCAGCCACUCGCUAGGCACUGCAAAGUCUUCCUGCAUAACGAGACCCGACUGGCCGUCGCGGUCGAGCAAUGGGACGGCCAGAUCAUCGGUCACAACAACUUUUUCGCGAUACCCGACCUCGUCACCACCUGGAGCGCGUGCAAAGUCUGCGGGUCCGCGACGCCGUUCAUCCCGGUCUCGGAGGAGAUGCUGCGGUACUCAUUCGCGAAGUUCCUUGAGCUGCAUUUCUAUCCUGCGGAUGUCCAGCUCGUGCAAGGCGCUGGGUGCCAGCACAAUAUCUACCAGCACCAUAUCCGCUACUUCGCACUGCAUGGUAUGACGGUCAGAUUCCAGACAGACCCUAUCACUCUCUACGAGGUCAACUUCCCUCCCUUCCGCAUACGCGUCCGCCCUGAGACGCAGCUCGAGCUCAAGAACAAGGACUUCGAGAAGCUCCAUCAUCGCAACAUGCUAUGGUACUCUGCCCUCAUCGACGAUCUGCAGCUCAUCAGUAUGGACGCGGCGACUGGAGACGAGGAGAAUGACGCGAUCCUCCUUGCGCAGGUCAAUGGCUUCAUCUCUCGCGCAGAGGAGGAGCGAGAGGACAUUAGCAGGCUGAUCAACCGCAUUUACCGGGACUCUGCUCCGACGGAUACGCUCGCGCUGAACCAAGUGCACUCGUAUCGGCAGGACAAGAUCGUCGCGUGGCAAGCAGAGUUCGACAGGCUCCCCAAGCCGCGGACACCCAAUGUGCCCGGCGAUCGCAACAGCAAGCGCGGAUCAACGUUUGGCACGGUCCGCGCGAUGUGGCCGCGCAAGUAUGGCGAUUGGGGCGAGCAGUUGCAUCUACCGUCAACCAGUGUAUCGGAAGCUGAGGAGGGACCCUCGAAGACGCGAAGGGACACAGAGGACUCGUACACGUCUUCCGCUUCGGAGGCAUCCGACAGCGAGUCCCAGGCAGAGCCUCACUAUCCUCAUCCUCCGUCGCUCCUCAGGCUCGAGCACGAGCCGAGCAUUACGCCGAUCACUGAGUCUCCCACUGUCGACAACACGUCGAGGCCCUCUCCCGAAGAGACACCUGGCGCGGACGCCGAGUCAUCUCAAGCCGCCAACGCCGCUGAGAAUCAGGAAGUAGUUGUGCAGGACGCGAAGUCAGAUGUCGACGAUAAGCCCAAGCCUGAGCUGCAGCCUGGACGCACUUCGCGACUGCCUCGAAAGACCGCUAAACAGCCGACGGUCGCAGAGCUGGUGAAGAAGUAUUCUUAUGCCCUACCAGUGGAAGGUAUAGAGGACUUGGCGGAGACAGCUUUGGCUCCCCCACCCCCUCCCCCGCCUCCUAGGGUGAUCGCUGCGUCUGAGAGCGAACAAGAGUACUUCGCACCGCGUGCCCCACGACAUAGGCACCGAAGCAAGAGUCGCCCAAGGCAGAAGACGUUGUCCAAAAAGUCCUCUGUCUCCGACUUCGAGCACGGCUACGCCGCCAAUGUUGCCAGAGGACAUAUGUCCCACCGCAAGCCCAUUGGGCAGAAGUCUCGCUUCGCACAACCUAUCGCUUCUUCUGCCUUUCAGUCCAGGGAUUCCUCCAGACGCACAUCUCCGGAGAAGGGUGCACGCGGCAAGGACGAGACGCGCAAUCAGGGCACUAUAUCGCCUCCCAAUCGGAACUUACAGCCAUCGUCUGCGGCCAAGGGCAGGACUCCAAAGUCAGUCGGCGUUCGUCAGAAGGACAGAGUGCCCUCCGCGAAAGGCAUGCAAGGCUUCCGCCGUCCCACAAGCAGCUCCGGAAACAAAGUCCAUACGCUUACACGACAGUUUGAGCGCAUGAGCCGCCACUCAGACAAGCCGCAGUACAGAGUCAUUCGCCAGGGCAAGCGCGCACGACCGGUCGCUUCGUCGACAGCUACAGUGGAGGUGCUCGAGAGUGUUCAGGACGUGGUGAAGGACGACGACGAGAGCGACGGUUUCAACUCGUCCAGCGAGGCCGACGAUGAAGGCGAUGAGCAGGAGGACAACGAGCCUAGGAAGCAGCCUAUCGAGGCCGAAGGUGGAGCAACUGAAGACUCUAAGCCUCCUGUGGACGACAAGGAAAUCAAGAAGGAUGGUGAUGAGGCCGCGCAAGAGCCUCCUGCUGUGACCUUCCCGCAGCCGUCGACGAACGAGCCUGCCCAGCCACCUUCACCAAGGCCAUUAACCGGGCCAGCUCCACCGCCAGGGCCCAUCUCAUUGCCACCGUCACCCUUCCUCUCGUCGUUCAAACCCAGCAUGUCGCUCACUCCGCCGCCGCCUGACUUGGAUAUCGGACCACCAGGACAGGAGCGCACAUCAAUCCUGAAGGCGCUGACGGGACUCUGGCAACCUGGUCAGAGCAUGCGAAUCGAGGUGGAGGACCCUACAAGCGACCCAGAGCACAUCUUCCGCGACUCGUCCAUGGUCGUACGAACGGAUGAACCGACCUCUAUCAUUGCACUGGCCCUGAAGCAAGUCAUCUCGCCGCAAUACCGGGAAAUGCUUGCCAAGUCGCGCGCAGAGAAGCGGACCGCUCGAGAAGCACGGGUGACCGAGAGCGGCGGCGAGGCAUUCAUGCCUGACGAUCGCUCUGUCGCGGACUCUUCGUCAACGUGGGGCGUCGUCAACGUCGACUCGGCGGAGCUACCAGAUCCAACGGAGGACAUGAAAACACCGUCGUCGAAGCUGCCAUGGGCUAUCUCUUUCGAGAGUGGCGGCUUGACCAUUAGCUGUACUGUCCUAUACCCAGAGCAGUUCGAUGCGUUACGCCGCACGUACGACUGCGAGAAGAGCAUGAUCGAGUCACUUGCGCGGUGCUUCAAGUGGGAUGCUAGUGGUGGAAAGUCUGGUUCAGCCUUCCUGAAGACCAGAGAUGACCGCUUCAUUGCCAAGGAGCUCUCUCGUCCUGAGAUGGCAACGAUGGAGACCUUCGCGCCAGCGUACUUUGACUACAUGUCGUCCGCAGUCUCGGCUGACCGUCCAACACUGCUCGCCAAGGUUUUCGGCUGCUACAAGCUUACCUGGAAGAGGGCGGGAAAGGACAGGAAUACGGGCAAGUCCUACAAGUCGACGCAGAUGAACCUGCUCGUCAUGGAGAACCUGUUCUACGACCGCCGGUUCUCGAAGAUCUACGAUCUGAAGGGUUCGACGCGGAACCGCCAUGUUCAGUCGACAGGCAAGCUCAACGAGGUCCUCCUUGACGAGAACUUGAUCGAGACCAUGCACGAGCGUCCCUUCUACGUCCGCGAGCACUCAAAGCGCAUCCUUCGCGGCGCGCUCUUGCACGACACCCGCUUCCUCGCGGACAUCAACGUCAUGGACUACUCCCUCGUCUGCGGUGUCGACAGCGCCUCCGACGAGCUCGUCGUCGGCAUCGUCGACUACAUCCGCACCUACACCUGGGACAAGAAGCUCGAGAGCUGGGUGAAGGAGAGCGCGUUCCUCGGUGGAGGAGGCAGGGGCGAGCCGACGAUCGUGACGCCGAGGCAGUACCGGUCGAGGUUCUUGGCCGCGAUGGAGAGGUAUUUCCCGAUGGUUCCGGACCGCUGGAUGAAGCAGAAAGACGCGGCAAUCGAGCGGGAGGAGGAUGCGAACAUGACGGACACUGAUUGGUAG